AUGGAGAUCCCUGAUAUCGUGAGCCAUGAUUCAGAUGGCUCGGGCUCCUCGGACGAGUUCCCUCCUCAAUACCCACUGAGGGGAAACUCAACCUUUGGCGAGGCCUUCAUCGACGGGUCUCAGGUCCAGACUCCGGCCACCACCAUCACAUCAUCACCCCCGUCGUUGACUACCAGCUUGGGCGGAUCGUGGUGCAGCACUCCAACAACGCGUCCCCGGGGAACCAGCGUUGGUCCAGCCUCAGCCGUCCUGGAGAAAGCUGAUGUCCUCGGCAUGCCGGGAGAAUUGCGGCCUCAACGACCGUCGGCGCCCGCACGAACACCUUCCAACACAUAUGCUCCCCAGCGCCGUCCACCACAGUAUAUCAGUCUUCAGCAAGGCGAUCGACAACGCUCCUCCUCCACCAAACGAGGAGCCCGGCGGGAUCCCAAUGCACAGUAUCGUGCCCAGGAGAAGGCUUACGUGCAACGCAUUCGGGCCAAUCCUCAGGCUUGGUACCACCACUUCGAUGACAUGCAGCCCGCAAACACAAUGUCCGGGGAUGCAGAUCUCGAGGAUCCGUCACCCUCCUCCGAGGUGCCCUUCGACGAUGAAUCCUACGACCCGGACACCCAACUGUUCCUCCCGGACGACAACCUGCCCACCAUCGAAGAGCUGAAGAACCCCAAGAAUCAGGAACGCCUGGAAUGGCAUUCCAUGUUGGCCUCUGUGCUCAAGGGUGACGUCGUCCGACAGGAGAAACAGCGGUUGAUCGACUCAACAGAAUCCAAACGAUCGGCUGCCUUGGGAAACGCCCUUUGGAUCGGUGUGCGUGCGAGGACAUGUGGCCGAAGCAUCGCCCUGCAGCGAAAACUCAUCGACGAUUCCCGUGCCCAGCUCGGCCCUCUGAUUGAAGAAAUCAUCAACUUCCAGAUCAAAGGUGAGACGGAAAUUGGCAAGCCUCCCCGCAAGCAGGUGGAGGAUAUAGUCGCCAAAGUCGAGAAAUGUGAAGUGCUCUAUUCAACCCUUAAGGAAAUGGAGAUUGCAAACCCCCGCACGGCCUCGGAGGGGUUCUACUCCAGUCGCGCGGCCAUCUUCGCCUGGCACAACAUCACCGCCUUGAUCAACACCGAAUUGGCCGUCCUGCAAAGCUGGGUCGGCAACGAUGCUUUGGAUUUCAGUCAGCCGAGAACAAUCUAUGAGCAUAGCGAACUAUCGGAAGAUUCAUCGUUCCUAGAUCGCAUUAUGAAGGAGGAUGGUCUGAAGACGCUACAAGGUGAUCACAGCAUGCUGAACAGCCUUGGCAGAGUGAUCCAAAAAGCCAAGGGCACACUGAUCGAGAACGCCGAAGCCUUUUCUGCCCGACAUCUACCGCCAUAUAUCGAAGAGUUAUUGACAUUGAUCAAUUUUCCCUCUCGUUUGAUUCAAGAGAUCAUUCGUGUGCGCUUGUCGUACGCCAAAAACAUGAAGGACCCGGCCCAGCAGUCACCAAUUCUGGUGGAUCAGAUGAUCUCUCAGUUCCAGAUCCUGAUGCGCGUAGCCACACAGAUCAAACAACGAUACCUGGAAAUCUCACGUCCCGAACCCGGCUGGGACUUGCCACCAUGUGUGGAUGAAAACUUUGAUUCUGUGGUGCUGGAUGCCAUGAAGUACUAUUUCAAGAUCCUGAAUUGGAAACUCAAUGCGAACAAGAAUACUUUCAAAGAGGCCGAGAUUCUGGAACAAGAAUGGGAGUUCUCCUAUGUGAUUGGCCGCCAGAUUGAAAAUGGCGACAUUGAAGUUGCUGAACAGUUCAGUGCUUUGACUGCCAAGUCGCUCCAGCGACUCAUGAUUCACUUUGAACGCGAGCUGGUUCCUCGACCUAAUGAAAGUGUUGCGGACAUGGACAAGCGUUACAAGAGCAUUUUGGAUUCGACACGUAUUCGCCAGCGCAAAUUGUAUCGAUUUUCAAAAUUCCUGUGUCAAUUGUUCGAAAAUGCCACAGAGUACAACCUCACCACAGAUAUUGCCUACGAGUUCUUCGAGGCGCUUCUUGUUUCAGAUCACUUCCUUGUCACCUCACCAACCUCGGUCGGUCAGAAGGGCGUCUACCUGAUUGCCCAUCACUCCUUGUGGAACCGACCAGCGGACAUUCAAGCCAUUCUGGCUACCUCGUUUCGAGAGGACGAGUCCACCAAGGAUGGUCCGCAUAUUCCGUAUGUUCUGGUCAUUCGUCCUGAGAAGCCGAUCGCAUGGGCUGGAAAGGAGAUGAAGGUUGGUUUCUUGGAGCAGCCCACCGACGUCCGCCUUGGCAAGCUUCGUCUAGUUGUCGAGGGUAUGCAGGAACGCCUGCAGAAUGCCAGAAUGGAGUUGGCCCAACUGACGGGCAUUCAACUGGACAUGGCCAUCGGACAGCGUGCCAAUCUAGGCCGUGUCAACGUGGAGUUGAAUAAAAUCAAAAAGAUCUCAUUCAAGCUGUCCAUGGCUAUCAUGGAUAGCGUCGCUGUGAUCAAAGAUCAGCUCCGGGAGAAGACUUGGGAAAACAACGAUCUCAUUCAAGCCUGCUAUGCAUUUGCCACGGAAUUCGGUAAGCGUUCCAGCAACUACGUGGAUGCCAAUCGACGGGCGAUGAACAGCGCCCGCCUCGUGGAGCUGUCACUCGAUUGGGUCUCCUUCAUUUGUGAUGAGUGCGACGCUGCAGACCGUAAGACUUUCAAAUGGGCGGUGUCGGCGCUCGAGUUCGCGAUGGCCAUUACCACAAGUCGGCACUUGCUUUCCAUGUAUGAAGAAGAGUUCAGCCGCCUGCGCUCCAAAGUGGCCGGAUGCAUGUCUCUGCUCAUCUCCCACUUCGACAUCAUGGGUGCUCGAUCCUCCCUUGCGGCCCAGGCCGAGAAACAACGUAUGGAGGAGCGUGCCGGCCACCGAAAAGUCGGAGCCGGACGAAUCCUGAGCGACGAGGAGGCAUCGAAGCUUGUGCGCGAGCAAUGGCUUGCUCGUUUGACGGAGCUUGAAGAUCGACGACUGGACACCAAACGCCAGGCGCUUGGUCGAGUCCUUGAGGGCUCCGACGAAGCCGACCGCUCUUUAACAGUGCUGUCAUCCUCUGCCACCAACGUGACUCUGCGUUGGCAGCAGGGACAAUUUAUCGGCGGUGGUACAUUUGGCUCCGUUUAUGUGGCUAUCAACCUCGACAGUAACUACCUGAUGGCCGUCAAGGAAAUUCGCCUGCAAGAUCCUCAACUGAUUCCCAAGAUUGCGCAACAAAUUCGCGAUGAAAUGGGCGUAUUGGAAGUCUUGGACCAUCCAAACAUCGUCUCUUACCAUGGUAUUGAGGUGCAUCGAGACAAGGUCUACAUCUUCAUGGAGUACUGCUCAGGUGGUUCACUCGCAAGUUUAUUGGAACAUGGCCGCAUUGAAGACGAAACGGUCAUCAUGGUCUACGCACUACAACUUCUCGAGGGUCUGGCAUACCUUCACCAGGCGGGUAUUGUGCAUCGGGAUAUCAAGCCCGAAAACAUCCUGCUGGAUCACAACGGUAUCAUCAAGUAUGUGGACUUUGGUGCCGCCAAGAUCAUUGCUCGCACAGGCCGCACCGUGGCGCCGGUGGAUGGACCAAGCAACAACAUGCUCGCAAAGGAUGGUCAAAUUGCCAAUCAGCGAGGCAAGAAUCAGAAGACAACCACAGGAACCCCAAUGUACAUGUCCCCCGAAGUCAUUCGCGGUGAUACCUCGGACCUUGUCAACCGACAGGGCGCCGUUGAUAUCUGGUCUUUGGGCUGUGUGAUUCUUGAGAUGGCCACCGGCCGACGUCCUUGGUCUACCCUGGACAAUGAAUGGGCAAUCAUGUACAAUAUUGCCCAGGGUAAUACGCCGGCCCUACCGACCCAAGAUCAGCUCAGUGACAUCGGCAUCGACUUUGUGCGCCGCUGCUUUGAGUGUGAUCCUCUGCGACGACCCACCGCUGCCGAGUUGCUUCAACAUGAGUGGAUUGUCUCCAUUCGUCAGCAGGUGGUCGUCGAGCCUCCCACUCCCGGCAGUGAGAAUGGAUACAGCAGCUCAACAAGCUCCAUGAGUCGUCAGAGCUCAACUUAUGCUUGA